UUUCCUAAGUGCUAAGAUUCUAGUGUGUGCCACCACGCCUGACCCAGAUUUUCUGAAUAUCAUAAACAACAUAAAAAUCAAAAGGCCAAUUCAAAGCAACUCCUAAAUACUAGUGGGAUGGUAACCAAUAGCAACAACGAACCCCAUAGAAAUGGAAGGAAUGUUGAUGUUCCUAUUUAACAGCACCUGGGGAUUACUGGGUUGAAGAAAGCUCCAAGUUUCCUGUUUAGGUAAGCUCCUGUCAUUGAAUAUGAGGGGAUGCUUUAUGAAAGUGUCAUGUAAAAUAAAGGCUAAUUCUUUCAGUCACAAGGUGCUAUGAUUCUGUAUUAAAUUAAUAUUCAAUGUCUUUAUUGCAAUUUGUAGAUUUCUUCCCAGGUGUUGGGGAAAAGAAGGCCUAAAUAACACCCUGAAGCAGCAGCAUAAUACCACAUUGAAGAACAAUGGAACAUCAACAUCUAGGUUGUCACAUGGAAUCACUCAUCUGCAAAAAUAUAAAUAUGCAUUAUGUACAUAAACAAAGAAGAUUAAAGUACAGCAGAUUGUGUUUGUCUCAUUUUCAAAAAGCUGCUUGCAGAAAGGACUGCAAUGAUCUGUCAGUAGUUGUGUUAAUGAUACAUUUCCCUUUAUUUCACCCAUUAGAAUCCAAGAAACCAAGAUGGCCUUUCUUCAAAAGAGGAGUGCAGAACAAAGAUAAACACAAACACAUGUCCAAUCUGGAAAGCUGCCUUUCCUCUGUGCGGAUUACAGACUUCAGGGGCUACGAGUUCUACAGUCUUAAGGAUAAAACCUGGAGUGAAGUCAUGGAAACACAUAAAAAACUCCCUGAUGAUCAAUUCGAUUUGACAAAGCAGCAAGAGGCCAUAUGGGAACUUUUCACAAGUGAAUGCACUUAUUUCUUGGACCAUUUGCUAGUUCUUAAGAUGAUCUUUAUGAGUACACUAAAGUAUCUGCAAAUUCAUGAAUAUCUCCUGGAUGUGGAUUUGUGGAGACUUUUUGCAAACCUGGAGGAGUUAACUCAGACAAGCCUUGGUUUUGUGAACAGUCUUUUGAGUAUCAUCAAGGACUAUGUAGAUGCUUCUGAGACUUCACGAUUGGUGGAUUUCAUUCCUGUGCUCACAAAGUAUUUCCGAGGAAGCCUCUGUCAGAGCCACCAGACCUACUGCUUGAAUUACUCUGCUGCUGUGUUUUAUCUUGAGAGCCUGAAGCAGAGAGAUGACUUCAGCAUUUAUCUAAAAUGGUGUGAGCAAAAUGAACAGUGCAAGCGACUUCACCUGCCUGAACUCCUGGUGGCCCCUUUGCACAGGCUGACUCGAUAUCCCUUAUUGCUAAAGAACAUCUGGAAAAGAAGUACAGACUCCACUGAGAAAAUCAUGAUCUACUCCAUCAAGGAAAAGGUGGAAAAGUCUAUUCGGGAUCUUGAAGGAAAAGUGAAGUGGCUUGACAAUUUCCAAAAAUUUAGACAUCUACAGGAAAUUAUAGUGUGGCCUCCUCUCUGGGAUAGAGAUAAAAGAUUUUUCAUUCCAGAGUGUUUGAAACACAUUUUUAAAGAAUACAUGGCAGAAAACAUCUUGUCACCAACCAACAGACACCUUCUCUAUGAAGGAAAAUUAACUCUUGCAGAAAGUACAAGAUUCCUAGAUGUUUAUCUGUUUCUCUUUGAUGAUUUCCUCCUGGUUACAAAAACUAAGCGUAACAAAAAGAAACCUGGGGGCACAGACUUUGGUUUGAUAUGCCCUUCACUUACUCCAGAGCUGCAAACUGUUAUAAAAGAGGGUGGUUCAUGCAUGGUACUCGAUCAGCCCAUUCCACUAGAUAGACUAGUGGUCAAGGGCAUUGAUCCACUUCAUGUAUCAGUCUUUGGCCUGAGACAUGCUUUUCUUAUACAACAUGAAAACAGAUAUCAACAGUGUAUAGCAGCAUUCUUAUUACAAGCCCAAACGGAACAUAUCAAAAAAACAUGGAUAACACAAAUAACAACAGCCAUCUCUGGCUUCACCAAGAGUCAGAAAACCAAGAAAAAAUCUUUAUUCACAUUAUCUGCAGAAUCCUCUGAAAUUUAGGCAGCUAAACUAAGUGGUAUGAUUUUUUAGAGGUUAGGACUUAAGGUAUUCUUUCACAUGAACUUUCCUAACACUUACCUUGUGAUGAACUGGAAGGAAAUAUGCAUUUGGAAGGUAUUCUAGGAUUUGAGAAUUUCAGCCAGAAAAUCCAAAUUUGAACUCUGGGGAGCUUGUUGUUAAAUACAUAUUGAUAUCCAGACUAUCCUCAAUGUUUCAGUUGGAUCUGUAAAAGACACAAGAAUAAUGGUGCUAAUAUAACUUAUAAAGGAUGAAUGAUGAGAUAAAUGGAGCAUCAGAAAGAAGACAAUGCCCACUGUGUUUGUCCAAUAUAAAUUCUAACAUCUUACUCAAUAUAUCUAUAAAAUAAUUAAAA